AUGGCUACAAGUCCUCUCAAAGAUGUGGGACACCUCACCAAGUUUGAUGGCACAAACUUUACUCGUUGGCAACAAGGAUUGAUGCUCAUUCUGGAACAACAUGAGCUGCUGCCAAUAAUUAACGGCACAGAAGUCAAACCAAGUGAGAUAAUCACAGACUACACUGUCAAAAACGCCAAAGCCAUAUCUAAUUGGUGCCGUAAGGCCUGUACUGUUCGCAAUUACAUCUAUGCGACCAUCACUGAUGAAUUACGUGACACGCUGUGCACAUCCACCACUGCAGCAGACAUGUACCAGCGUGAGGAAGAAGCCAUUGCAGAACUCGAUCAAAAUGCAAACAAUGUCGCAACGCGUGAUGGGGCUUUUGCCAGCAGUAACUCUGGCGCACAUCAAAACUCCGAACGGGCCUUCAAUUCUAAUCGCUACAAUAGACCAGCACCCUACCAUGUACCACGUGGAACUCAACAAGGUAGAAGAGGUGGCUACCAAGGUGGCAGAGGAAACGCACGUGGAUUUCGAGGACAUUUUCGUGGCUCAAGAGGAGGAGGUCACCAGAACAAUAAUCUCUGUAGCUACUGUGGACUCGGUCCCCACAAAGUUGAAAAUUGUAGAAACAGAAUCAAUGAUGGAGCUACCAUACCAACAAAUGGAAGCGCUAAUCUGUCACAGGUACAGCAAAACCUCAACCAAGAACAAAGAGACGAUCACACCGAUUACACGUAUGCGUCAUCCACCUACGGAGUAGAUUUUGAAACCUAUGGCUUCGUAGCCGACUCUGGAGCAUCACAGCACAUGACGGAUAAGCGGUCCAUCCUAAUCAACUUCAAACCGUAUGAAGAAGGUGCCCACACCGUCGUCGGGAUUGGAAACACUCGACUCGCAGUUAAAGGAAAAGGAGACGUUGAAGUCGUCAAUACUGCAGGUGUCUCCCUUCUUCUUACGGACUGCCUCCUGGUCCCCGGCCUGGGAAUGAACCUAUUCUCAAUCAGUACAGCCACAACCAAAGGUAUUGAAGCCGUCUUUAUCCACGACACCGUACACUUCUACCGAAACGGCAAUCUGGAAAUGGAAGGACAACGUGCGAGUGAGAAAUUGUACUAUCUCAACGUUGUAGUGAAAAUCAACAGGAGACUUCACACGCUGCUGUCAGUCGCUCUCAUCCCAUCUCAAUCUGGCAUCAAAGACUCGGUCACACCAACCAUAGGACGAUCCUUAACAUGGUAA